AUGACGAGCGCCGACAUUCACGCCAACGCCAACCGCCGACAUCGACGACUACGCCAACCGCCAACACCGACACAAAAGUCAAUCCUCCUUAUGUCUGAUGCAAACUCUGAUACAACAAACAUGCAAUUAAUAGAUUAUAAGAAAGAUACCUCACGCAGUGAUAAGAUUUCAGUACAUUUGUUAGUUGUUGCGUUCGAAAGAGAGCCAGAUGCUCAGAAUGUAAAGGACUUCAGAGACCUUCUAGACGAAUACCAUCCUGACAUAGAACUUCCCUACAUAGACCCUAACGAAAUUUACGGACUAUUUCAAACGUCAGGAAGUACAGGGGUACCAAAGCUCGUAGCGCACGUGCAUCUUAGCACAAUGAAAAUACCACAUGCAUUCGGCAUGGUAGAAGACAAAUUUCACAAAGGAAACUCUGUCAGUGUGACAAUUGUGUUGCAGAAUACAGCCAGAAAUAUCGACUUAGUCAGCAUGUACGCAGAGUUCACAUGGACAUUACAACUUUUCAUCCCCAUUGUAAAGGGAGUCAAAUACGGUGUGAGGCAUCACCAUACAUAUACAAAGAGCCAAAUAGAUGCAGCUUUAAAACACUACACAGAGCAACAAAAAUUAGGGAAGAAGUUCAGCAUGAGACGCCUGGCCAAGAUGUUUUCCGUUCCCUUGACAACGCUGUUUAACCAGGUUAGGUCUGCAUCUGGGAAGUUGCAGAAGAACAUUAUUUGUGAAGUGUGUGGGCAGACUUUCAUAUAUCAACAUCAGCUGAAGCAACAUGUUGAGCAGCAACAUGAGGGUCGUAGGAGUGUGUACACAUGUCAUCUGUGUUCAAAAUCAUUUUUGUUCAGAGCUCGGUUACAGCAUCAUAUAAAUAUGCAUAAUGAUGAGAGACCAUAUAUGUGCGGAAAGUCGUAUUUUUCGCCGCAGAGUAGGUACCCUCAUGAACUGCAAUGCCAGAGUAAAUAUCCACGUCCAUACCAGUGUACAAAAUGUGGGUUAAGUUUUAAAGUCCAGAGUGCACUAAAUCGACACAAUGCAGCCAAGCACGGAGCGCCACAGUAUUCAUGUGAAUGUGGACAAGCGUUUGGAUGGUCACAGUCUUUUAGAAGACAUAGAAAAACUUGUAAAAAGGUGCAGAAAGCUAUUUCUGACGAACAUGAAUUGCAAAGAAUAGUUGAAUCUAUACAACAAGAAAGUUUUGUGAUUCAGGAGGAUGUUAAUGUGCACAUGCCCUUAGAAUAUGUGUAUAUUCAUCAAUAA